AAAUUAAGCACAACAAACAAAAACAGACACUUGAGAGUAGAAAAUUAAAGGAAAAUAUGGGUUCUGAAAAUAUGAAGCUUCCAAUUAUAGACUUCUCUCAUGAAGAUUUAAAGCCAGGCACUCAUGUAUGGAACCAAGUGAAAAGUCAAGUCCACAAAGCACUAGUAGAAUAUGGUUGUUUUGAAGCUUCAUUUGAUAAAAUUCCAAUACACCUUAGAAAAUCCAUUUUUGAAUCCUUACAAGAGCUUUUUGAUCUCCCUUUACAAACCAAACUUAGAAACAUUUCCAAAAAACCAUUCCAUGGCUAUGUUGGACAAUAUGCUCAAGUUCCACUCUAUGAAAGCAUGGGCAUUGAUGAUGCUAACAUACCUCAUAAAGCUGAAAAAUUCACUCAAAUUCUUUGGCCCCAAGGAAAUCCUACGUUUUGUAAAACUAUUCAAUCAUAUUCAGAGCAACUAUCAGAGUUAGACCAGACAAUAAGAAAGAUGAUUUUGGAGAGUUUAGGUGUUGAAAAGUGCAUGGAUGAGCAUAUGAAUUCGACCAACUACCUUCUUCGAGUGAUGAAGUAUAAAGGACCACAAAGCAGUGAAACUAAACUAGGACUAAAUGCUCACACGGACAAGAAUAUUGUUACUAUAUUAUACCAAAAUCAGGUUAAUGGUCUUGAAGUUUUGUCCAAAGAUGGCCAAUGGAUCAACGUUGAUCCUACACCAGAUACUUUCACUGUCAUGAUUGGAGAUUCACUAUAUGCAUGGGCAAAUGGCCGAUUGCAUUCACCAUUUCACAGAGUAAUGAUGAGAGGAAAUGAAGCAAGGUAUUCAGUUGGUUUAUUUUCAAUACCUAAAGCUGGAUAUACGAUAAAGGCACCAGAAGAGCUGGUAGAUGAAGAGCAUUCUUUACUCUUUAAGCCCUUUGAUCAUGUUGAAUUCCUUGCUUUCUACUACACUGAAGAAGGCCAAAGAUGUGCAUCUGCUUUGAAGACCUAUUGUGGUGUCUGAAUUUAAUUUACUUUGAUUAUGUUACUAGCUAGGAGAAUAAAUAUGUAUUAUGCUCUCCUUGUGAGUAUAUACUCCCUCCGUUCAUUUUUAUUUUAACACGUUUUCAUUUUUUCCAGAGGUC